UCAGAAUCUGCAGCGAGUGACUCAGCCAUGGCGGUGGACAAGUGUCCUCCAACGGCGAUGACUCGUACCAGUACCGCCGCCAACUGCUUCUUCUUCCUCAUCUUCUCCUUCUUCGGAGUUGCAAUCCAAUGCAUUCCAGUUUCUCCUCACGCUUCCGUUUCCCCCGACCAAUCGCCGCCUCUUCCUCCUUUCAGACCAAUGGACAGCAAAAGUGACACUGAAUGUUUGAAAAAUGGGGGGAAAGGAUCUCUUCUCAAACAUGUAUUUAGAGCAUUUGAUGCGGAUUUCUUCAAUAAUACAAAGAUGGAGGAGAUUUUAAGGGGAGAAGAAGAAUUUAAUGUGCCUAUAACCAGAGCCAAUAGAAAGUUAGUUGCUUCUGAAAAUGGAGGUCUGCAUAACCCUUCUCCUUUGGUGUUCAAACCUGGGUGGGCAGACGAAAGAUUUCGACAUAGGAACGGAAGAUUUUGCUAUCCUCCUGUAUCUGGAGUAAAGAGACCAAAAAAUGAUGAAGAUAUUGCCUUCAUGAGUGUUCUUGAACUUGGCGAACUGGUCAAAACGAAGCAGGUUACAUCUCUGGAGCUUGUACAAAUUUUUCUGCAGAGAUUGAAAAGGUACAACCAUGUUCUUGAAGCAGUCGUUUCUUUUACUGAAGAAUUGGCUCAUAAACAAGCAAAAGAGGCUGAUGAAUUGUUUGCCCGAGGAGUGUAUUUAGGUCCACUGCAUGGAAUUCCAUACGGGCUGAAGGAUAUAAUUUCUGUACCAGGAUACAGAACAACUUGGGAUUCAAGAAGUUUUAAGGAACAAGUAAUUGAUGUUGAAGCUUGGGUUUAUCAGCAGUUGAAGUCAGCGGGUGCUGUUCUUGUUGCAAAACUUGUUUCUGGAUCGCUUGCAUAUGAUGACAUCUGGUUCGGUGGUCGGACAAGAAACCCAUGGAAUAUUGAGGAGUUCUCUACAGGGUCAUCAGCUGGACCUGCUGCUUGUACUUCUGCAGGUAUGGUUCCAUUUGCAAUUGGAUCAGAAACUGCUGGCUCAAUGACUUUUCCUGCUGCUCGGUGUGGAGUGACUGCACUACGGCCAACGUUUGGAACAGUUGGUCGAACUGGAGUGAUGAGUAUUUCUGAAAGCUUGGAUAAGCUUGGUCCAUUUUGUAGAAAUGCUGUUGAUUGUGCAGUCAUUUUGGAUGUCAUUAGAGGAAAGGAUCCACAUGAUCUCUCAUCAGUUGAGAGUCCUCUUGACGAUCCGUUCUCCAUCGACAUUUCAAAGCUUACCGUUGGAUAUCUUGAUGAUGCUGACAUGGAGGUUGUUCGGGUUCUUUCGUCGAAGGGUGUUAAUAUGGUGCCAUUCAACUUAUCUUACACUGUUGACUCUGUUCAAGGCAUUCUUAACUUCACUAUGGAUGUUGAUAUGUUGGCUCACUUUGAUGAGUGGCAACGGAUGGGGCUUGAUGAUCAAUAUGAAGCUCAAGACCAAUGGCCGACCGAACUGCGUCGUGCGCGUGUACUUUCAGCAGUGGACUAUGUACAGGCACAGAGAGCAAGGGGGAAGCUAAUGAGGGAGGUUAAAGAAAGUUUUAGUGUCGAUGCUUUCGUUGGCAAUGCCACGGACUGGGAGAGGGUUUGUAUGGGAAAUCUUGUUGGUUUGCCUGUUAUUGUUGUUCCAACAGGAUUCAAAAACAUCUCAAACCCACCUCCCACUGCCACCAGACGAAGAACCACCAUUACCACCGGCAUUUAUGCUCCUCCUCACAGGGAUCACAUCGCUCUGGCUUUGGCGAUGGCUUACCAGUCUGCAACAAAUCACCACAGAGCAAGACCACCCAUUGAUAAUUUGGGGCCUCAUGAUUCUAUACCAGAUACACCCCUGGCGCCUAUUCCUCCAAGAUUAUUGCACGUUUGAAGAUGAAUCUGCACUUUAUUUCAUGGUUUUCUCAAGCCUAACACGACCUAGAAAAUGGUACAUACUAUCCUUAGUGCAAAGCCUUGGCCUUAUCUUACAUUUUGGUUCCCACGCUUCUUUCGCUUCACCAACGAACGGAUUUAAAUAUGUAAGGAUUUAGUUAAUGUGGUUUAUAAUUUGUAAUAGUUCGGUAUAAUUGUCUACCGGUCGGUCUAUUCAAUCUUUUAUGUGUAAUGGUUGUCUCCCUAGCAAAACGCUUCAAGUCUCUAGAUGGUUUAUUUGAAGCCACUGUCAAGUAAGUUUUGGUUCGUUGGGUUACUUUAUCUUGUUCUAUUAGACAACUA